AUGGCUGCGACUGCAGGUCUUCCUCAUCUCGUUAAGUCUUUGAGCAAUGAGGAUAUCGCGACGAGAGAUGAUCUUAGGAUGACUGAGUUGCAUUUGGCAGCACAAGAGGGCCACCUUGAGACGGGUAAAUUACUUUUGGAAAAGGGAGCAGACCGCGAGGCAGCAGAUUCAUACGGAGUAACACCAUUGAUUGCGGCGACUCUCUAUGGACAAGUGAAAUUCGUUGAAUGGCUUCUACAAGAGGGAGCAAAUCUUGAACCAAAGAACGGGAAUGAAAGUGCAUUACAAGAGGCCUUAUCGUCUAGCCAUCAUGCUAUUGUCGAGAUGCUACUUGCAGCCGGAGCUGACGUGAAUUUCCGCAGUGGCUACCAUGGAAAUGCCCUGCAAGCCGCCAUAGGGGGAGGAAACACCGAGACAGUACAACUGCUACUUAAUUAUGGUGCCAAAAUAAAUGCUCAAGGUGGUCGAUUUGGUAAUGCUCUCCAGGCCGCGGCCUAUAAAGAAAGCCCUGAGACAGUACAGCUAUUACUAAGAUCUGGUGCUGAUGUUAAUGCCCAAGGAGGUCAAUAUGGCAAUGCUCUCCAGGCCGCUGCAUCCGGAAAAAACAUCGACAUAGUACAGCUAUUAAUCAACUCUGGUGCUGACAUCAAUGCCCAAGGUGGUGCAUAUGGCAAUCCUCUCCAGGCUGCUAUAAUUAUGGGACAUACUGGGAUAGUAAAGAUAUUACUCAACUCUUGUGCCGACAUCAAUGCCCAAGGUGGUGUAUAUGGCAGUGCGCUUGUCGCCGCUCGUGUAAAUGGAUACACAAAAAUAGUGCAGAUGCUACAACGCUGGCGUUGA